AUUCGAUAAGUACUUGUUUCGUAACAGGUCGGAUUCUAAGCACAUUAGUAUUUGAGAAAUAAUAGCUCCUAUUCAAAGGAUUGCAAAAUGUAUCACCAACUAAGCAAAAUUACCGGCAGGCUGAUCGCCACUUCCAAUCUACAAAGUCCACUAUUUCCAGUUGCUCCCAUUGCUCUCCAACGAGUGGACCCUCCAGUCAUUCAGUACAACACUGCUCAAAUGUCAACGGUGACUGAAUCUUCAGCCUGCCCAGCCCCAGGAUCCAGACGUCUCAUGCCUGGCACCAACACUCCCUAUCCGCCUGUUAGCGAGACCAUUAGGAAACGCCAAGAACUCUUCCAGAAAGAGGAUGAUGUGCCAGUUUUCCUGAAGGGUGGUCCCUUUGAUGGUAUCUUGUACCGUUUCACAAUGCUGCUGUGUAUUCUUGGAUUAGUUGGUAUUGGCCACACUGUUUACAUUCAUGCUGUCCCCAAGAAGCAAUAAAUAAUUUAGUUUUAUUUCAAUAAAUUAUACUAUGUAUUAGUUGCUCGUGCUUAAAUAGAAAUCAAGAACUACAGCA